UAGUAGCUGCCCACAAAGUUUCUCAGCCAGGUGACAGUUGAGUCAGAAGAGAAACAGCACGGACGCUGCCUACGCAACCAAACUGGAUACAUAAAGAUAUUUUUCAUCUCCAAGCCAAAGUAAGGUUUCACUGCUGCCAACAUGUCCGAGACAGCCGGGGAUGCGAAACCGGAGGUGAAGCAGGCGAGCAAAGAAGUGAAGGAGAGCGAAAAUGUCGCGGAAAAAUAUUCAGCCAUGACCGUGAGCAAGAACAGCGAAAUUAACAUGGGAGAGCUGUCGUCGGUGUUCAGCGCUGUGCCCACUCACAAACCAGUUAAAAAGCAAAUUCAGUUUGUUGAGGAAAAACAGGAGUUCAGCAGGUUUCCCACCAAAACCGGCCGCCGUUCCCUGUCCCGCUCCAUCUCGCAGUCCUCCACCGACAGCUACAGCUCUGCUGCGUCCUACACUGAUAGCUCAGAUGACGAGUCUUCGCCUCGGGACAAAACACAAGUCAACUCGAAGGGCAGCAGCGACUUCUGCGUGAAAAACAUCAAGCAGACUGAAUUUGGGAGACGUGAGAUCGAGAUAGCAGAACAAGAUAUGUCGGCGCUGAUCUCACUCAGGAAGAGAGCACAGAGUGAGAAACCUUUAGCGGGUGCCAAAAUCGUGGGCUGCACUCACAUAACUGCUCAGACUGCAGUGCUGAUUGAGACUCUGGUGGCUCUUGGGGCUCAGUGCCGUUGGACUGCUUGUAACAUUUAUUCAACGCAGAAUGAAGUUGCUGCUGCCCUGGCAGAGAGAGGUGUGGCUGUGUUUGCCUGGAAAGGAGAAUCUGAGGAUGACUUCUGGUGGUGUAUUGACCGCUGUGUCAACACUGAGGGCUGGCAGCCCAACAUGAUCCUUGAUGAUGGUGGAGACCUGACACACUGGGUGUAUAAGAAAUAUCCAAACGUCUUCAAGAAGAUCAGAGGCAUUGUAGAGGAGAGUGUUACUGGGGUUCACAGGUUGUACCAGCUUUCUAAAGCGGGGAAGCUGUGUGUUCCAGCCAUGAACGUAAACGACUCUGUGACGAAGCAGAAGUUUGACAACCUGUACUGCUGCAGGGAGUCUAUCUUAGAUGGUUUGAAGCGAACCACAGAUGUCAUGUUCGGAGGAAAGCAGGUGGUGGUUUGUGGGUACGGUGAGGUUGGAAAAGGUUGCUCUGCAGCUCUGAAGGCUUUGGGAGCCGUCGUCUACGUUACAGAGAUUGAUCCCAUCUGUGGCCUGCAAGCCUGCAUGGAUGGAUUCAGGGUCGUCAAGCUGAAUGAGGUCAUUCGCCUGGUCGAUAUUAUCAUCACAUGCACUGGGAACAAAAACGUGGUGACCAGGGACCAGCUGGAUCGAAUGAAAAAUGGCUGCAUUGUGUGCAACAUGGGACACUCAAACACUGAGAUCGAUGUGGCGAGUCUACGGACUCCUGAGCUGACGUGGGAACGAGUCCGCUCUCAGGUGGAUCAUGUGAUCUGGCCUGAUGGCAAAAGGGUCAUCCUGCUGGCUGAGGGGCGCCUGUUGAACCUGAGCUGCUCCACCGUUCCCACCUUUGUCCUUUCCAUCACAGCCACCACUCAGGCUUUGGCCCUCAUAGAGUUGUAUAAUGCCCCAGAGGGACGUUACAAACAAGACGUGUACUUGCUCCCCAAAAAAAUGGAUGAGUAUGUGGCCAGUUUGCAUCUGGCCACUUUUGAUGCCCACCUGACAGAACUCACUGAUGAGCAGGCAAAGUAUCUGGGUUUGAAUAAAAAUGGCCCCUUUAAGCCAAACUACUACAGGUAUUAGGCUGCCACCACCACGGUCUGGACCAGCCCUACGUGGAUCUGUAUAUUUCUGAUAUUACCCGUUCUCAAGAAAGAUAGACUUAUCUAUCUUGUAUUUUAUAUUUUUCAUGGGAGGUACAAGUUGUAUUUAGACGCAUCUGAUGUGCUGCUUCCUGUAAACGAUGCACGUGGCACUUAGCUGGCUAUAAAAGGUUAAUGUAAUAAUUACAGCACUAGGAUAUCUGAUAGAUGUACUGAAUGUGUUUCCUUAGCUGCUGAUUCCUGUCUGGGAGCUACUUAGAGCUUUUCCAGUAAAAUGUGCCAAAUAACAGAGGGCUAGUGUUGUGAAAGAUAAAGAAGUAAAAACGAGAUAAACCUGU